AAUGUCCAUAUUUUCCGCGCCGGAAUGCCGUAAUCGUCUUUUCCAACACUUUGAGUAGCCGGCGUCGAGUCGUCUUUUCGUUCGAGCAUUUCACACGUUUUUUAUAAUUUGCAUUGUCGAAAUAAAAGCAUAGCAAUGUCGUCAAUGUUUUGGGGAUUGCACAUGGAGCCUAACCGCAAAUAUUCGCAAGCGAUUAGAAAGUCCUUCCACAUUUCGGGGGUCGCUCUAGAUAAGGGUGACAGUGCCAAGCUAUAUAUUACAGCUGAUACAGGAAAAUACCUUGUGGCCACGUUAUCCAAAGAUAUUCCACAAGUGCAGCUUGAUUUAAAUUUCAGUAAAGGCGAUAAGAUCGUGUUCCAGAAUGUUGGAAAAGGCACAAUGUCGGUUCUUGGGUACCUUCAUGACAUGGAUGACGAUGACGAUGAUUCGUUGGACGAGGAAGAAUAUGCAAGCUUGGCCGAAAAGCUUGGAAAGAAAAAGGGUGCUAUCGCAGACGAUGAUGAUGAUGAAGAAGACGAUGAUGACGUCGAUGACAGCCAGUUACUAAAUGCGCUAAAUGAAUCGUUCGUAGAUGAUGAGGACGAUGAGAGCGGCGAUGAAGAGGACGACGAACUGGUCGAAGAGGAGGAGGAGAGUGAUGAAAGUGGCGACGAUUUACCAGAGCCGCCUAAGGCUAAACAUGCUAAGGUUGAGCCUGCCAAGAAGCCUACCAAAGAGCAAAACGGUGUGGCUAAGAAGGAAAUUGAGAAGCCAAAAGCGAAGAAGGAGAAAAAAGACGCUACUGAAGGAAAACCUAAAAAAGAGCAGCUUAAGGAAAAGAUUGUCACCAAGCAAGCUGAGGGGGAGCGUACUAUAGCUGGUGGUGUAAAGAUCGAAGACCUCCAUGUGGGCAGCGGCCCCGAAGCUAAAGCCGGCAAACGCGCUUCUGUGUACUACAUUGGACGAUUAAAGUCUAAUAACAAGACAUUUGAUAGCAUGCAGAAAGGUAAUGGUUUUAAAUUCAGCAUUGGAAAAGGCGAAGUUAUCAAGGGCUGGGAUGUAGGCGUUGUCGGCAUGAAAGUUGGUGGAAAGCGUCGCAUCACUUGCCCACCACACAUGGCAUAUGGAAGUCGUGGCCAGCCCCCGGUUAUUCCACCAAAUUCAACACUGGUUUUCGACGUUGAGUUGAAAAACACCAACUAAGGCAUAAUUUCCCUUUACUUUCUAGAGAUAAACAUAGAAUUUAAGAGAUUUUUUGCUUAGUUAAAUAUGUGCCAGCUUUUAACAUAUUUGGUCGACUGGAAAAACUAAUUAACUCAACUUAAGAAAAGAAAUUAUUAAUUCUGUUGAUUUGAUUAAAGCCGGUUUAUAUAAACAAUA